AUGGCUGGAGUUGACGCGGGGGCGCUCGAGGCUGAGGCGCUGCGUGGAGAAGACAAGGUCAAGUACGAGGUCAAUGAGCAGAGCUACGAGAGAGACGGCCUCAGCAAGCUCUUCCCCAACCGGCUCCAGCUACUCUCGGUCCUCGGCGGACAGGAGGGCGUGUUGGAAGAGCUUGAUGUCGACGCCGCACAAGGCAUCGAUGAGGCAGAGUUGGAAGCACGCGGCCUUCGCUGGGGCUUCAACGCGACUCACAUCGCCAAGCGAUCGUUUGUCCAUUUCAUGCUCUCGGCCGCCAACGACUUUACCCUCAUCAUGCUCAUCAUCACCGCCUUCCUCUCGCUCUCGCUCGGCGUCUCCAUCUCCGAGUUUGCUGCUGACACCGGAGGCGCCGGCUAUGUAGAGGGCACCUCUAUUCUCAUUGCCGUCACCAUCAUCAUCAUCUUCACCGCCAUCAACGAGAACUAUAAGGAUCACCAGUUUGCCGAGCUCGCUGCCGCUCUCCAGAACGAGGAAGUCACCGUUCUUCGUGCCUCGUCGCUGGACAUCCAGCAGGUCCCAGCCAAUGACCUGGUUGUCGGCGACAUUGUUCACGUCUUUCGCGGCGCCGUCGUCCCUGCCGAUGGCCUCCUCCUCGGCGAUCCUUGCAAGAUGAACGAGCUCGAGGUGACCGGCGAGGCCGACGACGUCCGCAAGUCGUACAGCCACGAUCCGUUCAUCAUGCGCGGCUCGCACGUGGCGGAGGGUAGAGUCGUCAUGGUUGUCGUCGCUGUCGGCGACAGCACGUACCUCGCUCGCAAGCGCGCCCGCGACGCCCGCCGCUCCGUCGACGAGCACACCUCGCUCCAGAACAAGCUCGCCAACCUUGGCAAGCAGGUCGGUAAGCUUGGCCUCGCCAUCGCGGUUGUUCUCGUCUCGGUUCUCUCGGCCAAGUAUCUCAUUACUCGCGUGGUCAAGGGUGACUCGAUCGACAACGAGGCCAUUGAGCGCAUGACCGAGUACAUCCUCACCGGCCUUACGCUCACCGUUGUAUCGGUCCCGGAAGGCCUGCCAUUCUCGGUCACUCUCGCCAUCGCCUUUUCCAUCAUCCGCAUGGUCGGCGAGCACAACAUGGUACGCAACCUAUCGUCAGUCGAGACCAUGGGCCGGUGCUCAGAGGUGGUCAUCGACCUCACGGGUGCCGUCACCGUCAACCACAUGAUCCUAGACCAAGGCUACAUCGCCGGCAAGCAGUUUGCCAUUGCCGACUAUCAAGACUAUGACUUUUCCUCGCUCGCUCGCCCCUGGGGCCAGCUCUCGCUGGAGCCCGACGAGGACGCCAUGGCAGACUCGGUCCUCGGCCUCCUCCAGCACUCGCUCUUUCUCAACUCGCGCGCCGCCAUCAUCGCGCCCGACAUUGACAUUCUCGCCGAAGACGACGACGACCUGAUUGUCGGCGCCGAUGGCGUGACGCGCAAGUACUACGGUAACGAGACCGAGAUCUCGCUGCUCAAGUUUGGCACCGCGCUCUCGUCCAAGUUUGGCACGUAUGAGGAGUUGCGCCACGCUUACCAUGGGCAUACUGUCGCCACUUUUCCCUUUGACCCGGUCGCCAAGUGGUCCGCCGUUCUCCUCCGCCUCGACGCUCCGCUCUCGUCAGCUUUUCGGACCGGGAGGCCGAGCCUGUUCUCGGACUCGCGCUCGUCCGAUUCCUACGGCCACGCGUCGCUCCGCGGCGACGAGCGGUACCGGCUGUACGUUAAGGGCGCGGCCGAGCUCCUGCUUGGAUUUUGCACACGCAUCGUCGACGAGAACGGCGAGGUCGUCAACAUUGUGCCGUUCCAGCACAAGCUCCGCAAGAUGAUCAAGGCGUGGACCCACGCAGGGCGGCGAGUCCUCACACUCGCGUACAAGGACAUCGGGUUUCGCCCGCCGCCCGACGUCGCCGACGCCGACGUCACCGAGAUGGUCUGCCUCGGCAUUGUCGGCAUUUCCGACUCGCUCUUGCCUUCAGUUCGCGGCGAGAUCCGCGCUGCCCAGCAGGCCGGCGUCAUGGUCCGGCUUGUCACCGGUGAGUCGCUUCCACGCGCCAUCACGCUUGCCCGCAAAAUCAGCAUUUACAACCCCGAGUACCACCUCGCCAUGGACUCGUUCGAGUACAACAAGAUGACCAAUGAUGAGCUCAAAAGCAUGGUACCGACGCUCACCAUCCUCGCCAGGGCCACGCCCGACGACAAGCUCCGCAUCAUCUCGCAGCUGCAGUCAGACUUUGGUGCUGUCGUCGCCGUCACAGGCGGCGACCUCGCCGACCGGCGCUCGCUCAUCGCCGCCGAUGUGGGCUUUGCCAUGGGCGUCUCCGGCUCGGGCGUUGCCCGCGAGGCCGCCGACAUUGUGCUACUCUCGGACGACUUUGGGUCUAUCGUCAACACCAUCCGCUGGGGCCGCAACGUCUUCUCCUCCAUCCGCAAGUUCCUUCAGUUCCAGUUUACCUGCAACGUCGUUACCGUCCUCAUCACCAUCAUCGGCUCUGUGACCAACUCGCGCGGCGAGCCACCGAUCUCCCCCGUCGGCCUCCUCUGGGUCAAUCUCAUCAUGGACACCUUUGCAGCCAUUGCUCUCGCCUCGGACUCGCCGUCGCCGGACCUGUUGCGCAAGACCAAGCCGGUCUCUUCGUCAGAGAACGUUGUCACCCGGGUCAUGAUGAUGCACAUUUUUGGCCAGGCCGCGUACCAGCUGCUCAUGCUCCUCCUCGUCCUCUUUAUCGGGCCGGCCUUCUUCACCGUCGAGCGCUACCGCCGCAAGCACUUUACCCUCGUCUUCAACGCCCAUGUCAUGAUGACCUUGUUCAACUUCUUCAACGUCCGCUCGGUCUUCCAGCAGCAGAACGUGGUCUCGGGCCUCGGCCGGAACUACUACUUUUGGGCCGUUCUUCUCUUUUCCGGCGCUGUGCAGGGCGCCAUUGUGACCAUCGGCGGGUCGUGGACCAAGACUGAGCCGCUUGGCCCGCUGCAAUGGGCAUCAUGCCUUGUUCUCGGCGCUGGCACGCUCCUGGUGGGCGCCUUUCUCCGCACCAUCCCCACCCGCGGCAUCCUCCUCGAGUCCAAGGACAUCCACGACUCACCCAAGGACCGCGCCGAAAAGUCCGCGUUGCCUUUCGGGUGA